UUACGGCCUUUUGUUACACAAUGUAAGCUUAUUACAAAAAGUCUUUUUGGGUCCCUGUGCGUCACGUGACGUUGUAGUUACACGGUUUGGCCACCGUCUUCAAAGCCGGAUGCUGUUCCUGGAGGCUUGGACCAACUCCUUCUGCAGAAGACUCAUUCCAGGUAAUGGAAAGUAUAACUGGUGAUACUGACCCAAAUUCAAUUCAUCUAAUCGUCGUAAUAAUCGUAGUAAUUUUCGUAUGUUCAGUAUUUGAUUUAACACAAGUCCACUGGGUCAGAGCAGUGCUCAGUGUUGUUGUGUCCUGCUUUGUUAAACACACGUUCAUUUAGGACUAUACAACAUGUAGCCUGAGCACAAUAAGAACUGAAACAACGAAGGUGUGAAAACUAAGUCACUUCAUUAGAAAAUAAAACAAAAUCAAUGUUAUGUCAGUUGACACUUAAUGCUAAAUAUUUCCAAUAGAUUUUGAAAUAAAUCAAUUUACUCCAUAACAGAAACAUCUGUUGGUGGGGCUGUCGGGCCUGAUUUGCUGGUUUUGUAGUUAAUUCAGCCUCGAUUAAAGGAAAGUUCCCGAAGCUGUCGUGGUACUGAAGGUUCUUUCUCGAUCUUUGUUCUAUUGAGCACUUACUUAAUCAGAUUUGUGUGUUUGUGCGUGCCUGUAAAGACACAUUUCUGCAGUAUCAAAAAUCAUCCACAAGUCGUCGACGUUUUUCGGUUGCGCGCAUGAAGAGAGAGAGACUGGAGGACGCACAUUGGGAAUGGAGAGAGAGAGAGAGAGAGAGAGAGAGAGAGAGAGAGAGGAGGCAGAGACACCCGGAGAGUGAGUGAGAGAGUCACAGCAUCCAAAACCACAGUCGUGGGGUUGUCGGGGUGUGCUGCGUUGCACUGAUUCAUAUUUUGAUUCAUUCUUCAUGCACACUCGGACUUUCGCCAUGUUCAUUUGAACCUUUUCUUGUCAAGUUUCAUUCUUGAGUGAAGCAUGUCAGAUGCUGCAUCAGUGCCUGCGUUCGUUUCUCCUACGUUUCAGCAUGCUCAUUUUGGGAGGAUUUAUCAUUGUCUCCGGGAAACACGACGGGUGCGUAUUCUCUGAAGCCUUUUGGGUCUGAAUGCACGGCAGAGCGCGUGCCGUCAGGCGGAGGUGAAGUGCUGGAAGAACACAAUGCUGCUCAUCCCGUCCAUCACUGGCCGCAGCGGGUUUUUGGCUCCGUGAGCUCGACUGUCGCCUGUGCUGAGUCUUUACGCGCUGAGAGGAGCGGAGGAGAGGGGAGGCUUUUCCCGUCAGUUGAAUCACGCUUCGCCACUGAGAUUGACUGAUCUGAGGGCAGGGAGGAGGGAGGAGGGGGGAGCAUUUCUAUGUGAGACUAAUCCAAAAAAGAGCAGGCUCUAGAUCUGCUGGUUGUCUGGGCUUUAGGGGGAUAGGGGGGACCAGUCACUGGACCUGUGGACGUUUACAUAGGAAUUCAUUUUUUAUUUUCUGUUUUUAAAAAUUAUUUAAUUUCAUCCAUUUUACCUACGGAUAGAGGAGGAUAAAGGGGAACCAAGAGAAGAGGGAACACCAGGUUGACGCUGCUGUGACGGGGGGCUGGGGUGGGGGGGUGGGAGAGAAAAAUGCUGCCUUCGCAAGAAGCAUCCAAAAUCUACCAUGACAACUACAUGCGCAACUCCAGGGCCAUCGGGGUCCUGUGGGCAAUAUUCACCAUCUGCUUGUCCAUCAUCAACGUGGUGGUCUUCAUCCAGCCCUACUGGAUUGGUGACAGCGUGAACACCCCCCAUGCCGGCUACUUCGGCUUGUUCCACUACUGCGUGGGCAACGGGAACUCCAACCGGGAGCUCUUGUGCCAGGGCAGCUUCUCCGACUUCAGCUCCAUACCAUCGGGAGCUUUCAAGGCAGCCUCCUUCUUCGUGUUGAUGUCCAUGGUGCUCAUCCUCAGCUGCAUUGGCUGCUUCGCUCUGUUCUUCUUCUGCAACACCGCCACGGUCUACAAGACGUGCGCCUGGAUGCAGCUGCUAUGCGCCGUGUGUCUUGUGCUCGGAUGUAUGAUCUUCCCCAACGGCUGGGACGCCGAAGUGAUCCGGGACAUGUGUGGAGAGGACACAGGGAAGUACACCCUCGGCAACUGCUCUGUGCGCUGGGCCUACAUCCUGGCUAUCAUCGGCAUCCUGGACGCCCUCAUCCUGUCCUUCCUGGCCUUCGUGCUUGGCAACCGGCAGAGUGACUUCCUGCAGGAGGAGCUGAAGGCCGACAACAAAGAUUUUGCUGUGUCAAGGAUUGAAAUCCGAGACACCAAGGAUCCAAGAUUUGGAGUCCAGCGGUUCCAUUGAGAGCCAGAUUCCACUGCUCCUUUUCCAGGUCCCUCCCUCCCUCCAUCCAUCCUACUCUUGAUCCCCUUUUCCUUACCCCUCACUCUUCAGGUUAAACCCUCAAUCUGGACUUGGAGGCCAGAGUCCAGCAGUUUAUUAAACAGGACUGAAGGGGAAUCACCUAACAAAGGCAAACUGUCUGUUGGAAAAGAAAUAGAUCCUGAGAGGAAGUAUGACCAUCAGCUUUAUCAAACUCUGGGAUAAAAUCAUUCAUAACUCACAGUGUUACUGUCUCAUGACAUUGUUAUAACAAAGAUUAUGAAGUUAUUGAUAAUGAUGCUUGCAGUGGGAGUAUUCUGUGAAAAUAUACAUAUUUUUACUGAGUGGAGAAAAGCUAUUUCCAGCUUUAAAUCUAACAUUAUAAGUGCGUAUGUAAAAGCACACAGGUGCUACUUCUGACAUAACAAAAAAGAAAAGAAAAAAAACGAACAAGGAAAAAAAGAUGAUUUUGUACAGCCACACUGUAAUUUUGAAGUCUUUUUCAGGCCAAUUUUCAACUGCUCUUUGUAUAUGACAGGGUCUGAUCCCAGGAACAAAAAUAAAACCUGUAUGUAAAUGAGAUGUUUCUAUGGAAACAGGGUAAAAAGAAACUCUUUUAAGCAUUUUUUUGCCCCCAUACAUGAACCAUCCCUGUAAGCCGUAGUACAGCCUGUUUCAUCGUCAGAUCAUGCAAAAAGUGUGCUUUCUACUUGUUUUUUAACCCUGUGUGUAACGUUGAGCCGCCCGUCAUCCUUCAGCCCACACUACACUGAGAAAAGGAAAAGCUGUUCUCAGCUCCUGCAUUCCCUCACAUUUCACUACACAAUCACCACCCACCCACACACACACAAACACACACACGCCCCAUCACUCGCUGGUCGUGUUCAUUUCUGCUCCAGUCGACUGGGUUUGGUUUGUACGUCCGCCACCAGGAAAGGCCCUGCAUGCUGCAUCUAUCUCAGGCUUGCAAUGACAAGGCUUCUUGUACACCGGGCUCAGACUCCGUUCGGUCCAACAGGCAGCCUGCACUAUCCAGGCCCAACAGCUGAAGAGCACAGAGCUGAGCCUCCAUGUCGAGAGGACAGACCCAGCACAGGCUUUCAUCAAGAGGGCAGGCAUCACACAUUGUGCUGCUUCCCUGCUCUAAUUCCAUAUAGAUUCUUUCCAUGGAGUGAGAUUAUGAAGUCUGACAGGAAAUUCUGAGUGGAGGGCACAGCUGAAUGCAAAGGCUGGGAACUGAGAAUGAAUGAAAGUGUGAGCAAGUUAAUUUUGCACUCAGUCUCAGUGUUACUUUUGUCAACGCAGACAGACAAGAUAGUCAGUUUGCCCAAAGCCAAUUUUCACACACCCCAAUACAGAUUGUUUGCCCCAUUGGGCAGAAAGACCGGCUUGUCAGCCCAGUCACCAGAAUGGAACAUUUGCACUGUACGUUUCUGUUUCAUAUGUAUCACAUCAACAUUUUUACAAUACAUGUCACGACACAUGCGCUGGCUUUAUCAGGAGGCACAGUUCAGGACAAGAUGGAUGCCAAGCAAGAGACCACUUCAACCAACCAACAACCCUGAUCAUUUUAGCGAUCACUGGGACAUUUUCUAGCCGUCUCUGUGACACCAAAGCAGAUAUUUUAAAGAAAACUUCAGGACUGUGACCGUGGCAACAAAUCAUGAUCUUUGUUUGGUUUUGGGCCUAAAUCCAACCAGACCUUGAGCACAGCAUUGUCCCAACAUGAAACUGAAAUGUAAAGUUUGAACAUAUCACAACCUGAAGUUUGACCAUAAUCUCCUGGACUGCAGGAAUGUACAGUGCCAACAUUUAUUCUGGCGAUUGGGUUGAACUCAGUGUUACUCAGUGCCUGAUACACAUCCACCUUAGCUCUGUUCUGGUCUUCUCCAGCUCCAGAGGGAAAUUUUGAGCUAAUUCCCUCAUCUUCUGUACUAGUUAAUCAAUAGUGUUGUCUGUUAUUUGGUGCUGAGCAGGUUUUCGGUGGUGACAUCUAAAGGCUGUGUAGAAAGCUGUGCCGUUCAAGUGUCAUCAUAUCAAAAGUAUAAAAUCAUGGAGAUUCAACAUCUCUGUGCCAUCCUGUUGUUGUCUUCCUUUAGAUUCAGAAUCACAGGAGGCACCCUUUAUAAGACUCAACUCAUGCCAUCGAUUUUCAGCAGUGCAAAGUAACAAAGUACAUUUACUCAAGUAAUGCACUUAAAUAUAAUUUUGAGGUACCAUGUAAUGCUACUUUCUAAUUCUAUUCCACUCUGUCGUAGGUGGACAUGUUGUGUGUUUUACUCAACAAUUCUUGAAUAACUGAUAUUCAAGAAUUCAAUCCAAGAACACAUAUGGAUUUAGCUUGUGACCAUUCAGGGUUGACUCCUAGUCUAGAAACGACUGGACUAUAAAGUCGUUCAAACCAGCUCCACCAUCUAAUGUCACGUAUGAUAAUAUAUCAGUCACAAAGGAUAUUUUAUUGCAGCAACGAUCCGAGAAUACUUCAAGCAUUCUGAAUGCAGGGCAUUGUUGUAUUGGUACUUUUGCUUAAGUAAAUGAUCUGCAGUACUGCACACUUAUGUACUGUAUGUUGUGUCUUAAACAGUAAAUAACAAUCGACAAAAACAAAGAUAAUAGUGUACUGAAUAGAUGUUUAACCAAAGUCUGCCUGCAGUGUGUGAAAUCAGGCUAACAACAUCAUUUGUUUUAGAAAAUUUUCAGCAGUGAUAAAAGCAAUUUGUUUUACGUGCAUUCACAUCCACCUGUUUGAAUGUACAUUUUCAAAUGCCAAGGCAAACAAUAUCCACAGAGAGCAAACAAAAUAUCCUAAGUUUAGGCAAGGUCCAGGAAGACAAAACAAAGGUCCAAAAUCUGAAGAAAAAUGCUAAAACACUCAGAUCCUGAAAUAGAGGUACUAAUACCACACUACAAGUUAAACUCCUGCAUUCAAAACUUUAAUGAAGUAAAAGUAUGUACUUAUUAUAAAAAAAAUGGACAAAUGUAUGAAAAGUAACAGUAAUCACUGUGCAGUAAAAUUCCUGUCAAUGUUUCACUAUUAUGAUGUUUAUGGAUUGAUAUCACUGCUGCAUUAAUGUGUAUGUUAAACUCAUUUAAGCUGCUUUAUAUACUUUUGGCUGGUUUAAUCUACAACAAGUCAUCAUGUUCCAUAAGACCAUCAUAUGUGUGCAGUGUGGCUGUCCUGUGAGAACCACACAUCUCUAAAGGAAGUGAAUGAGUUCAUAGAAACAGCCUGUUUUCAGCUUUGUGACGGUGCGUUUUACAGCUAAUCCAGCAGGGUUUGGAAAGAGUUUAUUUAGCUUAAGAAGGAGGAGAAUCUUCUCAUCACAUAAAGGACCACUUCAUUCUUCAGUUUAUCACAAACAUUCAAAAGCAACACAUCUGGAGAGACAUGGUUUUCACAGGACAGGAAGGAAAUGAAAUAUUCAGAUCAACUGAAGUGGAGAAGUGGAGCAACAAGUACAAUAUUUCCCUCUGAGAUGUUAUGGAGUAAAACUAUGAAGCUGGAUAAAAUAAUAAUACUAAAGCACAAGUACCUCAAAUUUAUACUUGACUACAGUACUUGAGUGUAGUUAGUUAAAUUUCACCAUUUUUUUUUGCAUUAACACUAAAUAAUUUAAUUGUUGCAAACUAUUCAACAUUAUCCAAGCUGAAGCUUUCAACCACAUCCCAUCUUCUGUGUUCAUUUCCCAAAGCAAUGUGA